AUGCCGCCUAAACGAGGAUCAAUUAGAAGGGCUAGGAAUGUAGGCCGAGGCAGGGGCCGUGGCCGUGGUCGUGGGCCACACACUAGGGAUAAAGCGAGUGAGCACGUGGAGAGCCACCCGCGGGACAAUGCAAAUGAGAAUAGGAAUGAAGAAACACCGAAAGCGCGAAACCAAUUUGCCUUGGACCUUGCCGCGGCCAUUGCCGCAUCCUUAAAUCAAACCAAUAGGGCUAACACGGGCGAUAGGGUGAUGAAUGCCAUGAGGGAAUUCCGUCGUAUGGAUCCACCGAAGUUCACAGGUGGGGAUAGUAAUCCUCUUGCGGCUAAUCAUUGGUUGAUCGAGAUGCGAAAGACUUUCACCUCGCUAGCUAUCGAUGAGGAUGACACAAAAAUUCGUAUCAUAGGUAUGCAAUUUACCGAAAAAGCGGGUGAGUGGUGGGAAGCGACUCUUGGGGCUAGGAGAGACGCGUGGAGAGCGGCUAGGGUGAGGGCUAACACUCCAAAUGCAGUGGAUGUAGAUAAUAUGACAUGGAAUGAAUUUGAAGAGUUGUUUGAGAAUCAAUACUUUCCCGAGACUUGUCGUGAGAUGCUUCGAGAUCAGUUUGAGAAUCUUAAGCAAGGCCAAAUGACUGUUUCUAAGUAUGCCGUCAAAUUCCAAUCUUUGUCUCGUUUUGCGCAAGAGUUUAUCCCAAAUGAAGAGCGAAAAUGUAGGAGUUUUAAGAAGAGGUUAAAUUCGAGUAUCCAGGUACAUGUGGCAGCUUCGCGGUACAAUCGGUACCAAGACUUGGUGGAGAGUGCUAGAGCUGUGGAAGGGAAUCGAGAUGGACCUAAGGGUGCGAAAGUAUGGGAACCUAGGCAACCGGCCUUGAGUUUGGGAUUAUCAUCGGGUACUACAGGGAGCUCUGAAAAGAAAAGGUCUAGAGAUUCAUUUCAGCCCGUUCCGAGUCAGAGUUUCAAGGCACCUUCAGCUUUGAGGUUUCGGGAAGAUGCAUCGAGAACUUCUGGUACUUGUCACAAGUGUGGUCAGCCGGGUCAUAUGCGAGCUCAGUGUCCGGUGGGAGCUUGUUUCACUUGCGGCCAAAAGGGCCAUAUUGCUAAGAAUUGUCUACAGGGUAGUGAGGCGCGGACUGAGUCGAGUUUCGUGCAGCAAUCAGGGUUUCGACCGGGUUUUAGUCAGCAGCAGGGGGGUCCACAGCGGUCACAACAGUCUCAGUUUCGUCAGCCUUCUGGUAGUAAGGGUUAUCGUGUCGACCGGGGUGCUUCUGCUUCUGCUCCGGGUCAGAGUUCUGUUCAGAGGGGUGGUGCUAGUCAGAUUACUCAGGGGAGAGCUUUCGUUAUCACUACUGCUUUUCCACAGCCUUCUACUUCUCAGGCCCCAGAGACUUCCGUUGUGAGGGGUACAUUCUUAUUGUUCAAUUCUUUUGCUAAAGUUCUAUUUGAUUCUAGGACAUCUCAUUCAUUUAUUGCUUCAUCAUUUGUUCAUACAUUGGAAUUGGAAACUGAUGAACGUAGUCCUCCAUUAUUUGUUGAGACACCAUUAGGAGGCAAAGCACCCUUGAAUCGUAUUUGUCGUGAUUGUGAGUUGGUUAUCCUUGACCUUCGGUUUGUCUUUGACUUCAUAGUGUUGGGAAUGUCUGGUUUUGAUUUGAUCUUGGGUAUGGAUUGGUUGUCGACGUAUUAUGUGACUAUAGAUUGUUUCAAGCGACAAGUGCGAGUUUGUCCACCCGAAGGGGAAUGUUUUGAAUUCUAUGGGGAUCGUCAAGAACCGGUAGAACCAUACAUGUGUGGGCCGAGUGAUCAAGAGUACGUGCAUUGUUUGUUGGUUAGUUUGAAACUAGAUGAGGAUUUGUCCACGCGUGGAGAGUUACCUCUUAUUGUUUGUGAUUUUUCGGAUGUGUUCUCGGAAGAGUUGCCCGGUUUACCUCCAGAAAGAGAAGUCGAAUUUGCUAUUGAUCUUGUUCCCGGUACUUCCCUCAUUUCUAUGCCUCCUUAUCGUUUUGCUCCGGCCGAACUUCGUGAAUUGAAAGUCCAACUCCAAGAAUUGCAAGACUUGGGAUUCAUUCGACCUAGUACUUCAUCUUGGGGAGCUCCGGCUCUCUUUGCUCAAAAAAGAGAUGGUUCUCUUCGUUUGUGCAUUGAUUAUCGAAAACUCAAUCGUGCCACUAUCAAGAACAAAUACCCCAUGCCUAGAAUCGAUGAUUUGUUUGAUCAACUGCGAGGUGCCACUUGUUUCUCUAAAAUUGAUUCGAGGUCCGGUUAUCAUCAGUUGAGGGUUCGAAAGGAAGAUAUUCCCAAAACCGCUUUUCGUACUCGUUAUGGCCAUUACAAAAUUGUCGUGAUGCCAUUCGGUUUGACAAAUGCUCCCACUACUUUCAUGGACUUGAUGAAUCGUAUUUUUCGGGCCUAUCUUGAUCAAUUUGUUGUGGUUUUUGUUGAUGACAUCCUUAUCUACUCACCUUCGCAAGAAAAACAUCAAUCUCAUCUCGCCAUUGUUCUUGAACUCUUGAGAGGACACUGUUUGUAUGCGAAACUUAGUAAGUGCGAGUUUUGGUUGUCCAAAGUGAAGUUUUUGAGCCAUGUAGUAUCGCAAGGGGGUGUGUCCGUCGAUCCGGGGAAGAUCAAAUCCGUUAUAAAUUGGGAGCGACCGAAGAAUGUAUUUGAGAUUUGUAGUUUCUUGGGCUUGGCCGGGUAUUAUCGUCGAUUUGUGCAAGACUUUUCACGUUUGGCGGCACCAAUGACUAGAUUGACAUGUAAGGGGACACGUUUUGUUUGGGACGACGCAUGUGAGAAAGCAUUUGAGGAGUUAAAACAAUGCUUGACUAGUGCUCCGUUGUUGAUUGUGCCCGAAUGGGAAGUUGGUUAUUCUGUAUAUUUAAUGCUUCGAAAGAAGGGUUUGGGUGCGUGUUGA